AUGGCCAGUGUUGCCACCGCGCCUGCAGGCGUGGGCACACCUGCGUCUCAUCCAUACACGUGUAACACGUGCCAAGUCGCUUACCGCAACAUCGACCUGCAAAAAGGCCAUAUGAAGAGUGACUGGCAUCGGUACAAUUUGAAGCGCCGAGUCGCGUCCCUUCCACCAAUAUCGUCCGAAGUUUUCAGCGAAAAAGUGCUGCAAGCCCGUGCUUCGUCCACAGCCGAGGCUGAGAAGGCUUAUUUCGAACGCGCCUGUGAAGCCUGCAACAAGUCCUACUACAGUGAAAAUGCGUAUCAGAAUCAUUUGUUGAGCUCGAAGCACAAGGCAAACGAGGCUGCCGCUGAUGGCUCACGCCGAGUUCAAGACGAUGAGACCACCUCUGUCAUUAGCUCAACUUUCUCCCUCGGCGAGCCGACUUUGGUAGCCAGAGAAGACUUGGAUUUGGACGCCGAGGCCGAGUUCAAUCAAGUAAUCGAGAGCUUGCAAAAGGCCAAAGUGUCAGCUGAACAACGACCAUCGCCAGUCAGCAGACCUUCCAAUCCCAAGCCCACAACCCCCAAGGAAGAUGCGAAUGAGGAAGAGGAUGAGUCCUCCGCGCCGUCGCACUCCCUGGUUGAGCCUUCUUGGACCCUGAACUCUUGCAUAUUUUGCAAUUUCGAGUCUCCUUCAUUAACGCUUUCUGUUCAGCAUAUGGAACGAUUCCACGGCAUGUUUAUUCCUGAGAAGCGUUACCUUGCCGAUCUUGAAGGCCUCGUAAAGCAACUGCAGCGCAACGUAAGGGAAUACCACGAAUGCUUAACCUGUAGUAAGAUCAAGUCUACAGUAUUUGGCGUGCAGACACACAUGCGCGACAAGGGACACUGCAAGAUACCGUACAGCACGGAGAAAGAGCAACUCGCCAUUGGUGACUUUUACGAUUUUCGAAGCACUUACUCUGAUGGAGAGGAGGAGGAUGACGACGACGACGACGGCACAUCGGAUACCGAGGAGGAACGUGGCGGUGCCAAGCUUGGUUCAAAAAGAACAGCAAAGGUUGUUGGGGAAGAUGGUGAGGAGAUGAGGGAGGAUGAGGACGCUGAAGAAUGGGAAACGGAUAGCUCGGCGUCGUCGCUUGAUUCGGCAGAUCUGACGGCUGUACCUGCUGAAGGGCACCUUCAUCAGUACGAGAGGCUCGAGAAACAUCCCCAUCACUCGAGUCGCGAUCCACGGAACCACCACCAAGCUGAUGGUUGGCACUCGCGCGCGCACAAGCACACACAUGCCGCCUUCUACGACGACUUCGAACUGCACCUGCCUUCCGGAAAGUCUGUCGGGCAUCGCUCGUUGAACAAGUACUUCCGCCAGAAUCUCACAAACCACCCCACACCGGAAGAACGAGCAGAACGUCUCGCAAUCGAAAGCGCAGGUUCAGAUGAGAGGGAGGGCAGCCACAAGGAUGGCAGCGUUGUUCUUCGCAAUGGCCAGCGUUUCAAGCGUGACAUAGUCCCCCGAGGGGUUGCUGGAUUGACCAAUGUCUCUGACGAGAAGAAACGGGCAGUGCGCAAGUCUGAGCACCGCGGCCGGGACCUGGAGCAGUUCAACACCAAGAGGACCGACUGGUCGUAUGGUAAGAGGGCAAACAACCAAAAGACUUACUACUACCGUUACGACGGCGGCGGUUAG